GCCGAGCUGUGCAGUACACAUAGCGUAACGGUCGCGGCCAGGCGCCCACUUGACGUACGUACCGGUCGCGCGCGCCACACGCAUACGAGACACCGCCGCACGAGUUCCGCGCGCGGUCGACACGAUCACAAUAAUAUAUUUUUAUUGUCGUCGUCGAUAUAAUUAUAUAAUCUAAUUAUCACCCGUUAUUAAUUGUCGCCCACGUCACCCUCCACCACCCGCCACGCCGACCAACCGGCGCCCGUCAAACGAUAACAGCACACCACCCAAUAUCGUGUCAUACCGGCGAGAUUUUCUUUCGCGCCGGCCGGCCGCUGCGGGGCGAAAGCCACACAACCGGUCUAGAGCGACAAUAUUAUGUGACGCGACACCGCAGUAGGUACACACGUGCGCCCGACCGCGCGCGUGUUUCUUCCCGGCUGCGUGUGCCUGCAGCACAACAUCGAUUUCGCAAUAAGUACCUACCACAAUAUUAUUACGUCGCACGUGCGAUAGCGAUAAAUUAUUAAAAUAUUCACGGUCGGCGGGCAAAAAAUCUUCAUAGUCACCACGCGUAGUCCACGCAUCGUCGUCAUGCGGCGGCGGCCGUCCAUACACGUCCACCGCCGUCCACGCACCGGUCGUGGUGCCGUAGCCGCAGCCGCCGCCGGCGAUACCGGCGUCCGUCGUAGCGCCGGCCACAACCACGACGGUCGCUGUCCGUGCGUCGCCGCUGCAGCCACCGCACCACCACGUGCCGGCCGCCGAAUGCUGCAGUCGUCCCGCGCCCAUUAGAGACGUCCACUGCACAAGAAAGAACACAAAGAAAUGAUUUCAUUAGUUGGCUGAAUAAAUUAGUGAAGAUACAUCAUAAAACAUUGAUAUAAGAUACCUCCGAAUCUAACUCUGAUAUCAAAAUGUCUGAAAAAAGCUACAGGGUUCGGACGGGGCGGACGGGCCGAAGUCGUGUACCAGCUGUGGUUCAGUGAUUAACCACGAUGGACCUGGACGCUGACGAGGUAGAGCGGUGGCUGUGCGAGAAAGCGCCGCAAGACCUGGUGGACCGCGUGAUCCGGGCACGGCUCCAGCACCGCACCGGGUCGUUGACGAUAAGUCGGGCGAAACGCGGCUCCAUGACGUCCGAGAUGUUCAACACUUGGCUCGCGUCGUCUCCGAUGAAACGGUCGAGGUCGCCGAACAGAGUGACGCGGAGCAGUGGCGAAUGGAGACAUCAUUUGGGUUUGUUAGACGAAGGGGAGCUUUUUAUGGAGCUCAUUCGGGACGUGUCGAACGAAUUGGAUAUCGACGUCCUAUGUCACAAGAUACUUGUCAACGUCGGUAUAUUAACCAGAGCUGAUCGAGGCAGUCUAUUCCUGGUGAGAGGCAGACAUCUGGUGGCCAAGCUGUUCGAUGUAACUGUAGAUACGGAACUGAGCGAAGCUGUCGACAAGGCGAAAGAGGAAGAAAUCCAAAUACCGUUCGGAGUUGGGGUGGCUGGCACGGUGGCGGAAACAAAGCAAGUCGUCAACAUCAGGAACGCAUAUCAGGACCCGCGGUUCAACCGGGAAAUCGAUCACAUGACUGGUUACACGACCAAUUUGAUAUUGUGCGUGCCGAUCUGCAACUAUGACAACGAAGUGAUCGGAGUGGCUCAGAUAAUCAACAAGACCGACGGCAGCCACUCGUUUACCGAGCACGACGUUGAGAUAUUCCAGAGGUACCUGACGUUCUGUGCAAUCGGAAUACAAAAUGCUCAACUGUUCGAAAAGUCUAUACAGGAAUUCCAGAGAAAUCAAAUGUUACUCAGUUUGGCUAGAAGCAUAUUCGAAGAACAGAACAAUCUUGAUUGUCUAGUAUCAAAAAUCAUGACCCAGGCCAGAGAUCUGAUCAAAUGCGAACGUUGCGUCGUCUUCCUGCUGGACUUGGAAUGCGAAGAAGCUAGCCAUUUGGAACACUUUGGAGCCAAGCCAGGGAAUUAUUCGCUGGAAAAAAAAGCGUCCACCAAAAACAGCACCGACACGUUGGCUGAAGAGGUUGCCGUUACUCAAGAACAGCAAAAGGAUGUCAAUUUCACCACGGCUUUUGAAUUGGGUUCGGAGCUUGGGGUGAAGAAAAUCAAUAAAAACGUCAAGCCGUCCAAACUGCUUCAGAUAGCGCAAGAAGUGGCCAGCUCUACUCAGUUAUUGAACAUAGCAGACGUGCAAGUAUGGGCUGCCUCGCUAAGCCGACAACCGAGCAUGGAGAACGACGAGGGAUGUACAGAUCAUGUGCCCAUCAAGUCCAUACUAUGCAUGCCGAUAUUGAACGGCAAAAAAGACGUGAUCGGAGUGGCACAAUUGAUAAAUAAGGAAACCGGUUUUCCGUUUACCGACUGUGACGUGGCGACGUUCGAGGCUUUUGCCAUAUUCUGCGGUCUGGGAAUCCACAACACUCAGAUGUACGAGAGCGCAUGCAAACUAAUGGCCAAACAAAAAGUGGCGCUCGAAUGUCUGUCGUAUCACGCGACCGCGUCCGUGGACGAUACCAUCAAAUUAGCGCAAGACAAAAUUCCUUCAGCUGAGACGUACAACUUAUACAGUUUUAAAUUCAUAGACUUUGAUUUGUCAGACGACGAUACGUGUAAAGCGACCAUCCGUAUGUUCCUGCAGUGCAAUCUAGUGCAACAAUUCCAAAUUCCAUAUCACGUCCUUUGCAAAUGGGUGUUGAGUGUGAGGAAGAAUUAUCGACCAGUAAAAUAUCAUAACUGGAGACACGCGUUGAACGUGGCCCAGACUAUGUUUGCCAUGUUGAAAACCGGAAAGAUGGAAAGGUUCAUGAGCGACUUGGAAAUCUUGGGAUUGCUGGUGGCGUGUUUGUGUCACGAUCUGGAUCACCGGGGCACGAACAAUGCUUUCCAGACGAAGACCGAAUCACCGUUAGCAAUCCUUUAUACGACCAGUACAAUGGAACACCAUCACUUCGAUCAAUGCGUAAUGAUCCUAAACAGCGACGGCAACAACAUAUUCCAAGCGCUGUCGCCGGAAGAUUAUCGUUGUGUUAUGAAGCUGGUGGAGAACUCGAUUCUGUCGACAGACCUGGCCAUGUAUUUCAAAAAGAAAAACAGAUUCAUGGAGGUCGUAGAAAAUGGCGAAUUUGAUUGGCAAAGCGAAGAGAAAAAAGCUCUGUUGUGUGGUAUUUUGAUGACUGCUUGCGACGUUAGUGCUAUAGCAAAGCCUUGGGAAGUUCAACAUAAAAUGGCUAAGCUCGUGGCCGACGAAUUUUUUGACCAAGGCGAUUUGGAAAAGUUGCAACUCAACCAACAACCGAUGGCUAUGAUGGAUAGAGAAAAAAAAGACGAACUACCACAGAUGCAAGUUGAAUUCAUCGAUGUCAUUUGUUUGCCGCUGUACAAAGUGCUAUGUGACACUUUCCCGUGGAUCACGCCACUGUACGAGGGUACACUAGAAAAUCGAAAGCACUGGAAAGAUUUAGCAGAAAAAGUCGAAAUGGGCUUGACGUGGAUUGACCACGACAAAAUUGAAAUUCCUGUCGAAGAAUUUUUUACUCACAAAAGCACGAAAGACAUAGAGUUCACAGUAACCACACUGAACACUACCCAAAAUUCCACGAAGAAAAGCAAUACAAAAAGCCUCGACCUGAAUCUGGACACUUCCGCGGCGCUCCACCGGAACGGCGCCAAGUUCUCCAGCUUCCGGAAAAAACCCACGUCCAGCCGGUCGUUCCGGAACCGCGUCAGCCGGUCGCUGUACAACAGCACGGCCAGCGGCGGUGGUUCCGCCUCCAUGACUUCCGACCCGGCGAAGCCGUCCGACGCCGCAGCUACCGCCGACCAGCACAACAUGAUCAGUUCCGCGUCGCUGCCGGUGUUCACGUCGCCGGCAUCCACGCCGGGCUACAGCAGCAGCGGCGGCGGCGGCAAGCAGCCCGCGCACACGCCGUCGAUGUCGGCCACGCCCGUGAAAAACAAGAGCAAAUAUUGCCGAAUUCUGUGAUAAACGUACCGUUUUUUGUUGUUGUUCUUACAUUUCAGAGUUUUUCUUUUGAUUUUACAUCUCCCGUCCUAUAAUUUAUUAUAAUCUAUGUUAUGUUGUAUGUCCGUAGUGUGUGUGGGGACUCGCGUUGUGUAGGGUUCCGAGGCCGUUUAACCUAUAGUCUAGCGAUAUCCAAAAGAGUGGUUGGUGGUGAGGGUGGGUACCCCGUAUGCCGCCGAAAAGAAACCGCGGUUCCGAAACCCAUAUGAAAACCCGGAAUCCUUGUUGUUUAAUUAUUUUGGUAACCGGAACCGAUAUUUUUAUAAUAUACAUAGUAGGUACCUACUUGAGGCGUUUAUCCAACGUUAAUGGCUUUGUUCGUUUUUGUUUUUUUCUUUGACUCGUGUAUAAGAUUAUAAUAUUAUAAUUGUAACUGGUUGAAAUCGGUAUUAGGUGAAACUGAAACUGAAAUUUAUGAUUCAUAAUAACUGACAUUUAUGUUCUCCUAGUAAGCCGUAAAGGUUUCAGUACAUGAAUUUGAUAUUCUGAUAAAAUCCCACCCAAUAUAUUGAAAAACCAAAAAUGGCUGGUAAAAACCCCGAGCUGAUCAAAACGUAAGACCGAUAUUUGAUAAAGCCGAUAGUAUUACAUCAUACCUAUUAGCAUUAAUUAAAUUAUUACAGUGAAACCUCGCGGUAUCUCAAAGUUUCGAUAUAUGGAAUUUUUUUUUGUCCCUUCAUACUUCGAGAUACCGUGGUGCCACUGUAGGUUUUUAUUAUAGUUGUCGUUAAGUGAUUGACAUUAUUGUUUUUCCCUGUGGAUGGGGGUUAAAAUACAUCUACGGUGGUACAUGCCUGUCGUAAAAUCCGACUAAAUGUACCUAGGGGUGGGUAGCAGCGCUCCUAGUAUUAAGUGUAGAUGAAAAACGUUAUCUACGCUUGGUCGUCAAUCCCUAGAUAUAGGGCUUGGGCUGCGAUGUGGAAGGCAAGGGGAAACCACCACAUUAAUAUCCCUAGUAGGCAACUACUAUUUUGUCUUCUGAAAUAGAUUCUUGCAGUGUAAAAAUGUUGUCCGGACGUAAAAUAGCUCCCCAUUCGGAUGUCCGGGUGGGAGCUACCCUGCAGAAUACAUGUGAUCGGAACAAAAUACAGAGAAUUGGAACGUGGAACGUACGAACAAUGAUGAAACCGGGAAAGCUGGAAAAUAUAACAAUAGAAAUGAAGAGACUAGAUAUAGACAUAUUAGGUUUAUGCGAAAUACCCUGGUCAGACAAUGGUGACUUUUGGUCUGAUGAUAUCAGAGUUAUUCAUACAAAUAGUACAGAAGGACAAGCUGGUACUGGAAUUGCUUUCAAUAAGAAGUGGGGUACGAGAGUUACGAAUGUAGUGACCUAUAAUAACAGACUAUGUUUUGUCAAAAUGGAAGCUACGCCAAGCAGUCUUGUAAUUAUACAAGUUUAUAUGCCAACGACAAAAGCAGACGAUGAAGAAGUAGAAGAAGUGUAUGAAGGUAUUGUGGAGCUAUUGAAACAUACUAAACCACACGAAAAUGUAAUCAUUAUGGGAGAUUUUAAUGCAAUAGUUGGUGAAGGGCAGGGAAGGUAGAGAAGUUAGAGACUUCGGGUUAGGUAAAAGAAAUGAAAGAGGAGAACGAGUAGUUGAGUUCUGCAGAGGAAAUGGACUGAUUUUAACGAACACCAGAUUUCCAAACCACAUGAGAAGAAUAUAUACAUGGAAAAUGCUAGGCGAUAUUGCCCGCUACCAAGUGGACUAUAUAUUGGUUAAAAAUCGAUUUAAGAACCAAGUUAAAUUCUGUAAAGCAUACUAAAGUGCUUAUUGUGACAGCGAUCACAACUUAUUAAUGAUGAAAUGCGAACUCCGAUAUAAAAAAACACAAAGACCAAAAGUACAGCAAGAUAAAUAUAGUGUCAGAUUACUCAAGAGAGCAGAGGUUGUAGAACAAUAUAGACACCAUAUGGAUCGCGAAUAUAAAAAAGGAAACUUAAAUGAUCCUCUGAAUAAAAAAUGGGAAAACAUAAAAUCAGUAAUCAAAAAUGCAGCUGAUACUAUACUGACAAAAAAUGAAAAGAAAGAACCGAGGAAAGCAUGGAUUGACAGGGAAAUAGUAAAACUUAUAGAUUAAAGACGAAAAUAUAAAAUAAUAAAACGAGGGAAGGACAACAAAAGUAUCGUCAACUAAGGAACUAGGUUAAUCGGGAAGCGAGAAAAGCCAAAGAAGAGUGGUUGGAACAACAGUGUGGCGAAGUCAAUGAGCUAUUCAAAGUUAACAAAAUAGAUUAUGCGUAUCAUAAGAUCCAACAAUUUGUCGAAAAAAUGUGCUAGUAUGAAGAUAAAGGACGCUUUAUAUUACCUAACUCGGGAUAUAUAUGAGAAAGGGACGGUACCGGAUGAUUACUGUAAAAGCAUAAUUGUAGCUCUACCAAAGAAAAAUGGAGCUGAUUCUUGUGAACAGUUUAGAACACUAAGUCUACUAACACAUGUCUCAAAAAUCCCAACAAAAAUAAUAAAUCGAAGAAUAGAAGGAAAAGUGGAAUGGUACUUGAAAAAUGAUCAAUAUGGAUUCAGAAGACAAAAAGGUACACGAGAAGCAAUUCUAGGACUUAGAGUGUUAAUUUAAAAACAGAUCGAUAGAAAUAAAAUUACAUAUUUUGCCUUCAUAGUCCUGGAAAAGGCCUUUGACAAUGUAAAUUGGAAUAAAAUGCUGCUCACAUUACGAGAAAUAGGUUUUGAACAGCAUGACCUAAGAAUCAUUCACAGUCACUACAAAAAUCAAACAGCUUGCAUUAAAAAAAUGAGAAAUUACUGCUAACGCUCAAAUAAAAAAAGGAGUCCGACAAUGAUGUAUGCUAUCACCUCUACUUUUUAACUGCUACAUAGAAAAAGUCAUAAAUAUAGUGACAGCAAAGUUAACAAGACUAAAUAUUGGAAUCAAAAUUGGCAGAGAAAUCGUUCCAAUGAUACGAUUUGCAGAUGACAUUGUGGUAAUAGCAAAGAGCGAAGGGGACAUACAGCGUGCAGUUGAAGAAAUUAAUGAAGUGCUUAAGACAUCAGAAAUGAAAAUUAAUAGUGCAAAAACGAAGAUCUUGGUUUUUGCAAGAGACCAGAAAGUAAAAGCUGAUGUAUGCAUAGAUAUCAAAAAACAAGAGCAAGUAGAUGAACUGGUAUACCUAGGGAGCAAAAUUACAUCUGGUGGUAAAAGCGUCCAAGAGAUAAAACAACGCAUAUCAUUAGCAAAAACUGCCUUUUGUAAAAAACGUAAAUUACUCACUUCAAAAAAGAUACAUCUCAAUAUCAAGAAGCAACUUGUCAAAACAUAUGUAUGGAGUGUUGCAACAUAUGGAUGUGAAACAUGGGUAAUAAAUGAUGAUGAAAAGAAAAAAACUAGAAGCUUUUGAGAUGUGGUAUUGGAGGCGAAAGGAAAGGAUAAAUUGGAUAGAGCGGAAAACAAAUGAACUCAGCACUGUGGGAGAAAAACGUACACUCAUAGAUGCGAUUAAAGCAAGGCGUUGGAAAAUGGUUGGACAUGCCUUGAGACAUUCAGAAGAGUUGCAUAACCUAAUAUUAGAGGGUAUAAUAAAUGGAAAGAGAACGGCAGGACGUCUACGUAACAUAUAUAGGACAAAUUAAAUGUGAUGCAAGCGUCAAAACCUUUAAGGAACUUAAAGAAAAAGCGAGCAAUCGGUCAGAAUGGAGAAUUGGAGUUGUAAACCAACCUCCGGGUUGAUAAAAAUAAAUAAAUAAAUAAAAAAAAAUAUUACAUAUUUGUUUUUCAUACAUUUUGGUUUAUGUAUCGGCGGUCGGCCGAGCUUGGAGCUCAAAUUCUAUCUGUACCAAUUUACCAAUUUCAUGUUUGGAACUAAAUUUUAUUUUUACGAUUUUACAUUCCACUUUCAAUACUAGUCGAUUAUAAAAUGCUUUAAAUGAAUAAGUUGUGACGAUGUUCUGUUCGACCAACGACUGAUAAUAAUUAAUGAUGACCGAUUGGGAAUCAUAUUAAUCAGUCAUCAAAAGUUUCAAAUACUAUAGUACAGACAGUACAAUAUGGUUAAAUUUAACUGUCUACAUUUUGAAAUGAGGGGUUGUUGUUGAUCGUAGAGGGUGUUCGGGUGGUAUGAACAAUAUAAUAUAAUAUAAUAAUAAUAAUAAUACUAUUAUAUUAUACUGCUAUUAAAUUUACUUAGAACAAAGUCUACGACUAUAUACCAUGAGAUGUAUUAUAAUAUUAUGCAGUUUGUAAUACCUGUAUAAUGCGUACUUAAAUAUAAUAACACGUGAUCGACUCGUGUACGCAUAAUUAUAAUAUUAUUUUGAACCGAAAUUUUGUCAAACGACACAAUAUUACAAAAUAUGAUUUGAACAGAAAUGUUCGUACAGAAUUUGUCGUUUUUGCGAGCCUCCUCGUAUCCAUUCCCCAUUACCCAUUCCUCACACCACACGCAACGCCAUCCCCGCCAACGUUUAAGUAUAUUUCCCUCCUAUAAAAUUAAUUAUUAUUAUUGUUACACAGACCUUCGUUUUCGUUGUCGUCUACAAAAUAUGGACUGUUUUAUAUAAGAGUAUAUAGUGAUAUAGUUUAAAAGUAUUCUAAAUUAUUAUGAUAAUUUAUUAUUAAAAAUAUGUCGGAAAUGUUUAGGUCAAAAUAUUAUAAAAUAAUAUGAUACUUUAUUUGAAGAAAUUGUGUUUUUAUCCGGUCAAUCAUCGAUAUAAUAAUUUAUUGUUCAAAAUUCCAAUCGAUUUUUGUUAUUCCGACUGAAACGAAUGAAAUUAAUUGCUCGAACGAAACAAUUGCAUUUAGAAGGAAAAUUUGUUUGAAUGGGCUAUACUGAAUCAAAAUAAUAACGAUGUUAACAUCAUGUGAUAAUUAAUAAUUUUAUCUGUUAAGCCCUGUCACAAUUUAUGUAUAGUAGAGCUUAGAACGGCGAAAAAAUAGUCAUAACCAUUGUUAUAUUAAAUUUGUGUUUUUAUCUUUUUAUCGUUUAAAUUUGAUUUAAAACAAGAUAAUAUAUUAUAAUAUUUUUAGUCACAGAAUUUGAAAAUAAAAUAUGUAUAAAUAAUAAGUCGACCCUGGAAAUCAAUCAACGAUUUCCAUGCAAACGUUUACAAAUUAAUUAAAUAAUAAUAUUACUUAGAAAAUAUCAAAAUCAAAAUAUUAUAUUCAGUGGUAUAAAAAAUGUUUACGAAAACAAUAUUUCAAUUCUUGAUUCUAUUCUAUUCUAUUAUAUUCAUUAAUAAUAAUUACCUCAAAUCUAUUUUGUAAAUAAUUUUCUUUUGAUUGUUUAUUUUUUUUGAAUUUUUAAUAAAUAAUAAUAUAAGAACAUACAUACGUUUUAUAAUAUUUCCGAUCAACAAAAAUAAUUUAUUGUAAAGAGAAACACACGAGUACCAUACUAUUAUUUUAAUCGUUCGUAAAUCUUCGCAAUAUCAUUCGUCGAAUCGUGACCCAGUUUUAUGCAUAAUGGUUAGGGUAAAUUAUUAUAUUAUUAUAUUGAAUCAAAUGUUUUCCAUCAAAAUGGAUAUUUUUAGCAUAAAAAAAAAUUAGAUGUGUAUACAAAUUAUUUUACAUAAAUCGGGCAUUAUCUAUUUAAUAUAUGUUAUAACAAAAUAUAUAUUGUACAUCACAAUGGUAAUAUUUUAUCGUUCAAAAGAUAUUCAUUGUCAAUCAUUGUUGGUGUCAACGGUAUUUCCAUUAAUUUCAAGGCGUAGUAUUCCAAAAUCAUAAUAAUAAUCACAAUAUGUCUAAAUUUUACUUAAUUGCAAUAAUCUAGUAAUAUAUUAUUAUUGUUAUUAUGUUAGGCUCUAAAUUAAGUAUAUUAUAAUAUAUUAAUAAUAAUACAUAUAAUAAGUUUGAUAAUGUGAUAUUAAUUAGUUUCAACUAUGUAGUUCAUAGAAUUUUAAUACUUCCUUGUUGUAUUGUAUAUAAUAUUAUUUAUUAAUGUCUUAUUAUUAAAUAAAAUUGUUAUUAUUUAUUA